GGUUAGUAGAUAAUCCAAGCUUUCCUUUCUUUGUAACUCCGUCCCACUGCAAACUCAACAGUCGCCACCACGAUAGCUCUCUCUGAUUCUCCCCCUCCUCCUUCUUUUCAUCACUGAAGCAGCAGACUUCAGCCCUAAACCCAAUAAACCCACCCCCCUCUCUCUCUCUCUCUCUCUCUCAAGUAACUAGCAAUGGUCGAGCCUUUCUCCUCUGCCAUCCUUAAACCCACUGCCAGACUUCAGCCCUAAACCCAAUAAACCCACCCUCUCUCUCUCUCUCUCUCUCUGAAGUACCUAGCAAUGGUCGAGCCUUUCUCCUCUGCCAUCCUUAAACCCACUGUCAUUUUCACUGCAAAACCAUCACCCUCAUGCUCCCUUUUCCUUCUGCUCCUCCUCUGCAUUCUAGGGCUCUAUACCCUCCACCACUCCCACUCUGGGACGCCCCCUUCUUCACCUUCCCCAAAUGCCCUCCACUUCCGCAACCUCUUCCUCUCCUCUUCCUCCAACUACACCCUCUCCUCCUACCUCCGCGCCCUCACCCUCCGCCCCCACCUCGCCGGCACUCCAGCCGCCCUCCAAACCGCAAAUCUCAUCCAAACUCACUUUAAGGACCUAGGGCUCGAGACCCACACCGCGCGCUUCGACGCACUUCUCUCUUACCCCGUGCACUCUUCCCUCUCGGCGCAUUUUACCAACGGGAGCCUCAGGGACCUCCCCUUGGCCGAACCGGGCCAGGUGGGUACCGCCGUCGUGCGGCCCUACCACGCUUACUCGCCGUCCGGGUCGGCCUACGCCAAGGCGGUGUUCGUGAACUACGGGAGGGAGGAGGACUACCGUGCGCUGGCAGCGAUGGGGGUGAAGGUCAAAGGGUGCAUAGCGGUGGCGAGGCGGGGUCCGCUGCCGAGGUCGGCGGUGGUGGGGAUGGCGGAGGAGAGAGGAGCGGUAGCGGUGCUAAUGUACACCGAGGGGAACGUGUUCAGGGAUGGGGUUGAGAGGGGGACGGUGUUAAGUGGGCUGGGGGACCCACUGACGCCUGGGUGGGCCAACGGCGGCGGCUGGGACGGCGACGGCGUUGUCGGUGGUGAUGGGGAGAGUCUGAGGUUGGAAGAUAUAGAAGUUUCAAGAAGAUUGCCAAAAAUCCCAUCUAUGCCGAUCUCUGUUGAGACCGCUGAGACCAUUUUGAGGUCGCUCGACGGGGGUAGGGUGCCCUACGAGUGGAGGGAUACCCUACGGUCCAAGGUUGGCAGAGUUGGCCCGGGCCCGACUUUCCUCAACUUCACUUACCAGGGGGAGAAAAAGGUGGCUACAGUGCAAAAUGUUUUUGCGGUUAUAAGGGGUUUGGAAGAGCCUGAUCGCUACAUUCUACUUGGCAACCACAGAGAUGCGUGGACAUAUGGAGCUGUUGACCCCAAUAGUGGAACUGCAUCCCUACUUGACAUCGCUCGUCGAUAUGCACUUCUAAUGAGCCUGGGGUGGACACCACGAAGAACAAUUAUUCUGUGCAGUUGGGAUGCUGAAGAGUUUGGAAUGAUAGGAUCCACCGAAUGGGUUGAACAGAACCUUGUGAAUUUGGGCUCUAAAGCUGUAGCAUAUCUUAACGUAGACUGUGCUGUUCAAGGGCCAGGAUUCUUUGUAUCUGCAACUCCUCAACUUGAUGAACUCCUUGUUGAGGUCACUAAGAAGGUCAAUGAUCCAGACUCAGAGAGUACGACAAUAUAUGAGAAGUGGACAGCUAUGAAUGGAGGCAUAAAUAUUCAGAGGCUUAAUGGAGUAGAUUCUGACUUCGCUCCAUUUUUGCAACAUGCAGGAAUUCCUUCUGUUGAUUUGUACUUCGGAAAAGAUUUUCCAGUCUAUCACACUGCUUUUGACUCGUAUAUCUGGAUGUCAAACUAUGGAGAUCCAUUGUUUCAUCGUCAUGUGGCUGUUGCUGGAAUCUGGGGACUUCUUGGCCUCCACCUGGCUGAUGAUUCCAUACUACCUUUCAACUAUCUCUCUUAUGUGCAUCAAUUACAGGAAUAUACAGAUUCAUUGAGCAAUUGGUUGGAAGGGAGAGUCUCCCUGCGUCCUCUCACCACAGCCGUUCAUGAACUCGCCUCCGCAGCCAGAGAAGCCAACAUGGAAGCUAAGAAACUCAGAGAGGAAGAAACUAUGGGAGAUUCUUUAGUGUUGAAGAAGCGAAUGUUAAAUGAUCGUUUGAUGCUUGCUGAAAGAGGAUUCUUGGAUGCAGAUGGGCUUCAGGGAAGGCAAUGGUUCAAGCAUCUUGUAUAUGGGCCUCCAAGCGACUAUGAAAGCAAGCUGGUUGUCUUCCCCGGAAUAGGUGAUGCUAUAUCACAGUCCAUGAGAGUGGAUCAUAGAGAACGACAGUCAUCAAUUCAGCAUGAAAUUUGGAGGGUUGCCAGGGCCAUUCGUCGGACUGCCAGUGUUCUUAAGGGACAGUUUGCCUAAGAAAUGGUAUGAAAACACACACACACACACAAAGCCUGCACAAACAAAUAGCAGAGGGAGAAAUAUGCUAAAAAUGUAAUGACUUGUAUAUACAAGUUGUCAUUUUGUUUGUAUUGUUAUUUCUGUUCCUUUAUAUAUAUAUAUAUAUAUAUAUAUCUUAACAUUUUUGUACACAAUAAUUUAUAUACUGCCCUUGUAACUGCAAUCCCUGUAAUGGAAGUACUUUUUUGUUUCCUCCA